AUGUCGUUGAAAACCGUCAUCAUUGGUGGCCAUGGAAAGGUGGCACUACGCCUGGGACGUUUGCUGGCCGGAGCGGGACAUUCUGUUGUAUCUCUCAUCCGCGACGAAUCUCAGAGUGCUGAUAUCUUGGAAACUGGCGCCACGCCUUUGACUAUCUCGCUGGAGGAAUCUGACCCUUCAGAUCUCGCUAAAGUCUUCAAUGGCGUCGAUGUUGUGUACUUCUCCGCUGGUGCUGGUGGAAAGGGAGGAGCCGAAAGGACCAAGAAAGUUGACUACGAGGGUGCCCUUAAAGUCUUCGACGCCAUAGAGAAAGUUGAGGAAAACCCGCCCAAAUUGAUUCUUGUUUCUGGCGUCGACGUCCGCGAUCCAGACAGGAUCCCGCACACUACUGAGCAAGACAAAGAAGUAUCCAAAAGAAUACGAGCUCGGAUCCCUGACUGGAUGCAUUGGAAAUAUGAAGCCGACAAGAACCUCGCCGCCCGGACCAAAUUCAACUGGUUCAUCCUCCGUCCUGGUGGACUCGCGGACUCGCCAGGCACAGGGAAGGCUGAUAUUGGAAUUACUCAUAUCUCUCAGCUCAUACCGCGUGAUGACGUUGCACAGGCUUUGUUCUUGUUAGCGAACAGGAAGGAUAUCUAUGGCCUGUCUCUUGAUAUCGUCGGUGGAGAUACCCCUAUUCAGGAGGGUCUAGAUGCUGCUAUUGCUAAAAGGGUGAAGGCCUUGGACGUUUCCGUCUGA